UGGCACUGCCAGAAACACUCGUACAGUACUUGUCCCGCCUCCUUGUUGCUCGACGGCAAAAUCAUGUAACUAACUUUAUGUGAACCGUUAUUUAGUCAUAACCUUAAAAUACGCGUGGGAAGAAGCCAUUAACGGCUAAACCUCGAGCAACAGAGCCGUUUUGAGUAUGCUUCACAGGCUCGCUGCGUCCCUGCGGCGGCCCGCUGCUGCUCCCUUCGCAGCCACGGUACGAUGCAUCUCCUCGGGCUCAGUGAACAUCUCGGUCCCGCUGAACUUCUGGGCUGGGAAACGAUGGUCGAGUCAAGAGAAAUGCAACAUAGAAAAAGUUUACGAACCUGCAACAGGGCGAGUCCUGUGCCAUUUGGAGCCGUGUGGUGCUAGUGAAGUCAAUCAGGCGGUGAAGGCUGCCAAGUCGGCCUUUGGCCAUUGGAGCAAAAUGUCUGGGAUGGAGAGGGCGAGGAUCAUGAUAGAAGCUGCCCAUAUCAUUGAGAGCAGGAGAGAGGAGAUAGCUGAAAUUGAGGUGGUCAACAAUGGGAAGUCCAUCACAGAGGCCCGUCUGGAUGUGGACUCUGCCCGACUGUGUAUAGAGUACUUUGCAGGGCUGGCCAGCACUCUGGCAGGCCAACAUGUUCAGUUGCCUGGAGGAUCCUUUGCCUACACACGCAGGGAGCCUCUGGGAGUCUGCGUCGGCAUCGGUGCCUGGAAUUAUCCUUUCCAGAUAGCUGCAUGGAAAUCAGCUCCAGCCCUGGCCUGUGGCAACUCCAUGGUGUUCAAGCCAUCACCGGUGACGCCUGUGACAGCGGUCAUGCUGGCAGAGAUCUACGCCAAGGCUGGAGCUCCAGAGGGGCUGCUCAACGUGGUGCAGGGCGGCCAGGAGACGGGCAGCUUACUCUGCCACCACCCCGACGUCGCUAAGGUGUCCUUCACUGGGAGUGUGUCCACAGGCAAGAAGAUUAUGGAGAUGGCAUCCAAGGGGGUGAAGCCCGUGACUCUUGAGCUCGGGGGGAAAUCUCCUCUGCUCAUCUUUCAGGACAGCGAUCUGGAGAACGCUGUAAGGGGAGCUCUCAUGGCCAACUUCCUGUCUCAAGGCCAGGUCUGCAGCAACGGUACAAGGGUGUUUGUCCAGAAGGAUAUUCUGCCCACGUUUGUGGAGGAGGUGGUGAAGAGGACGUGUGCGAUCGAGAUAGGAGAUCCACUAUUGGAGAGCACACGAAUGGGAGCACUGGUCAGCCAGUCACACCUGGAGAAAGUCUUGUCCUUUGUUGAUCAGGCAAAGAAAGAAGGAGCUGCAGUGCUGUGCGGAGGCGAACCUUUUGUCCCAUCAGAUCCUAAACUCAGAGGUGGAUACUACAUGACUCCAUGUGUGUUGGGUGACUGCACAGAUGAGAUGACCAGUGUGAAGGAGGAGAUCUUCGGUCCCGUCAUGUCUGUGUUGUCUUUUGAAACCGAAGAGGAAGUUCUGCUGAGAGCCAACGACACCACCAUGGGUCUUGCUGCAGGAGUUUUCACCAGAGAUGUGAAGCGAGCCCAUCGUGUGGUGGAACACCUCAAGGCUGGUUCUUGUUUCAUCAACAACUACAAUAUCACUCCUGUGGAGGUGCCCUUCGGAGGCUUCAAAAUGUCAGGCAUAGGGCGGGAGAACGGCCAGGUGACAGUUGAACACUACUCUCAGCUGAAGAGCGUGUAUGUGGAGAUGGGAGAUGUGGACAGCCUCUUCUAGGACACACCAAGGAGAGGAAGGUGUAACAGUGACCCAGAGACUGAAACAAAGUGUGGACCAGCACAAUACUUCAGGGAAAAGCCAUCGAACAUCAGUGUUUGUUCGACACCGAUGAGAAACGAGCCAGGACCCGAGGAGGCAAUCUGAGAUAAAUAGCUCUGGAAAUAUGGAAGACAUUUGAUUUGGAAGCACAUUUGAAUUAACAUGGUCAUCUGUGCCAAAUGGAUCAAAUGAAAGAUUGUUCUCAGUAUUUACUGAACCUUGGUUGAUUUCAGCUUCU